UAAAAUCUGACGCAUUCGCGUAUUUUUUAAAAGUUGAAGCGUUUAAAUUGAAAAUAUAAAUCGUAUAUUUGAUAUUUAGUAAUUUUAUAAUUGUUUUUCAGUUAUUCGAGAUCAUGAAUAUGUAUUCCGAUGGACCCAAACGUCGCCGGACAUCGAGCUUUGCAGCUUUGUACAAAACGAUAAUCAUUGAUACAGAAACCUCCCAAAUCGAUCAAGUGAAUUCGAGCACCAUAGAACCCAGCUCUAGAGAAGAAAUAAUCAAAAAUUAUACGUCGUUAUGCGCUGCAGAAAUAGAACAGUGGAAGAAAAAAGACAGCGAAGUAGCAUUUGAAAGCCGUUCGAAGAUGAGACAAGUGAAUCCUGUGCUGACUUGGGAAGAUUGUAAAAGUUGCCUUUCACCCGAAGAUAUCGAAUUCCUGAAUAAAAAGUCGAGUUGUGAUAAGUUAGCUGAGAAAUUGAAGAAGGUAGUCGAAGCGAGCGAGACGGUGAAUUGCUUAUUGGAUAAGUACGACGCUAAGGUGAAUGCGUCUGUUAAGGAAACAUGCGCAUCGGUUGGUAAAAUGAAUAAAGAUUUUUGUAAUUACUUAUUGAAUUCCGACGAAGGUAACGAUUCGCUAGAAUUGAAUAACGAUGUGAAUUUGUAAUUUUAUCGUUUUUUUUUGUUCGUUAAGUUGUAUUAUAUUAUUCCUAAUUUUGUUCUAUCUCUAUCGUAAUUAGAAUCAGCGCUGAAAAUGCGAAUUUAUGAGUAGUUUACCAGUCAAUUAUUGAAGUAGAUGUGGCAAUGAUGAUGUAAAACAUGUUUUGAAAUUCAAUUUAUUAAUGAUAUUAUUUUCGUCCAGUUCAAAUCAAAUCGAAAACUGUAUCGAUGAUUUAUUUGAAGAUGCAUUUCACUUUUUUUUAAAUAAAAUAUUUCAACAGAA